AUGGCUCCCAAAACCGCGCCAAAGGCUGAGGCCAAACCCAAGGCAAAAGCUGACGCGAAGGCAAAGGGAAAGGCCAAGGCGAAGAAGGAGGAGGCGCCAGAGGAGGAGAAGAACAAGGUGCCCCAGCCUGAUAAGGCCGAGCACGAUGCCAAGGUCCAGAAGGUUCAGGACGAGAUUGACAAGCUGACCAAGAAGCAGAAGGACUUAACCGAGAAAAUCCAGCAGCGUUCCAGUGGAAAGGAGGAGUUCUAUGCCAAGAAGACCGAGCUACGCACACAGCUGGAUGAGUUCACUGCGAAGAUGGAUGAACUGCAGGCCAAGAAGGAGGACAUCGACAAGGCCGUUGGCAGCAAGCGUGAGGAGGGCCGUGAGAUGCGCUCGCAGCUGAACACGAUGAAGAAGACCAUCGGCUACAAAAACGAGCAAGAGAUCGACAACCGCAUCGCCAGCAUUGAGUUCCAGCUUUGCACUGAGUCGGUUCCCCUCAAGGAAGAGAAGAAGCUGUUGGCCGAGAUUGCGCUGCUGAAGAAGAACCGCUCCAAGGUCAGCACGGUGCAGCAGAUGGAACAGACUCUUGGCUUGGCUUACACGACCUUGGCGACCUUUGAUCCUGGCAUGUCCAUGAAGGAGCAGAAGGCGGCCAUCAAUCAGGAGAUGCAGCAGUACCGUGAGGAGAAGAAAAAGAUCCAGGCACCUUUGGAACUGAAUCACUGUGAAAAGAUGUCGGAGUUGCAAGAGAGCCGCAAAGCGCAGCUGGGUGACAUGUCAGACAUCAUUGAGAAGCGUGAUGCGUUGGGCCGUGAGAUCCAGGAGAAGUACAAGGAGAAAAGCGAGAUCCGUGACGAGUUCCGCCAGAAGGAACGCGAGUACAAAGCCUACAUCGUGCCUUGGCAAUCGCUUGGAUUCUGUCCCGUUCCCCGCGAAACAGAAGAGAAGAUCAUGGCCGAGAAGGCCGAGCGCCAGAAGGAGAUCGACCUCCGCCGCAAAGAGCGCCAGGCGAAGGAGUUGGACAUCCAGCCCUACAUUUCCGAGAUGACCCUCAUUGAGCAGACCAUCCUCUUCUGCAAGAACCUGGUGCAGACGAAGACCGAGGAUAAGAAGGACGAGAAGAAGGAGGUUGUUCACAACAACCCCGAGGGCUCUGAGGUGCUCCUCCGGAAAGAGGACCGAGACGAGGAGUUCUACUUUGCACCCACCAAGAACAAAAAGAACAAGAGCAAGGCCAAGAGCAGCAGUGAGCCUGCUGCCAAGCCCAUCAAGCACAAUGCCAACACCUUCAGCCUGUUCAAGCAACUUGAGCUGGAUGCUCCCCUUUCCACGGAUGAUGUCCCACCCCUUCUGGAGAAGUUGGAUGCGAUGCUGGAGGACUACAAAGUGAAGGUGAAGGAGUGGGAAGCGACCAAAGAGGAGCAGAAGAGGCGCAUCAUGGAAGGCUUGGCAGAAAUCGAGGAGAAAAAGGCGGCCAGGGAGGCUGAGGCAGCUGAUGAGGAGGCUGAGGAAAAAGAGGAGAAGGAGGAAAAGGAGGAGAAGGAAGAAGGCAAGGAUGAAAGCAAAGAGGAGGAGGCUGAAGAGUGA